AUGGCGCCCUUCGUCCGGGCCUUGUCUGCGGCUCGUUGCUGUAUCUGUCGCGUGUCGCGACCACCCAUUCAAUCAGUGUCUCUCACUUCGGCUCGAGCGUAUACCAAUAACUCUUCUUCGCGACGACAGCAUCGAUAUAUCUCUACCUCGGCUCUAACUUUAAGGCGGAACAAUGACUUUAAUUCUGGCUUUAGCAGCAGCUAUGAUCCAUCAUCCGAUUCCGGCCGUGGCCCAAUGUUCAACAAGACGAGCUUUGGUGUACCGCAAUUCUACCCACGCGACCUCAAGAGACGAGUAGACGACUACGUUGUUGGUCAAGACCGAGCCAAAAAGACAAUAUGUGCCACGAUAUUCAAUCAUUACCAGAAUUUACGGAGAAGACAUCAACAUGAACACGAAGACCGGAACAGGCGUGACAAAGUUAUGCGCCAGAGGUUUGCAAGGGAUAGGGAGUUGCAUCAAAAACGUCGUGAGAUGCAUCCCGUUGAAGGUCAGCGUUCACGUGGUUCUGCUCCUGGACGCUAUGACGCUGAUACUCUUGAAGACGAGUUCCCGGGCCACAACGAGUCCGUUCGUGGGCUUCAUGAUGGCCAUGAGUUUGAUGAUGAUCCAAUGGAUCAUCUCUAUGUUGCGGAGGAUAUUACUGUCCCCGAGCAUGUCAAGAUUGACAAGAGCAACAUUCUUCUAAUAGGGCCGACCGGUGUCGGCAAAACCUAUAUACUGGAAACACUGAGUAAGAAGAUAAAUGUACCCUUCUCCAUCUGUGAUUGCAACUCCUUCACACAAGCCGGAUACAUAGGCCAGGAUGUGGAGACAUGUAUUGAGCGACUACUCAUCGAAGCCAACUAUGACAUUAAGGCGACUGAGCACGGUAUCGUCGUCCUGGACGAGUUUGACAAGAUAGCAAGACGCGAGACCACAACUGGCCGAGAUGUUGGGGGCGAAGGUGUCCAACAGGCGCUUCUCAAACUUGUUGAGGGCACAAAGGUGACCAUCAAUGUCAAGGACAACCGCUCAUCUCGGUCAACGCCACCAAUUACCACAAAUUAUAGCGCGUCCGGGCCAUCUUCGUCGACUCCACAAGCAGCUCCUCCAGGCGGUAAGGUUGAUCAGUAUACUAUUGACACCACAAACAUCCUCUUCGUAUUCUGUGGUGCCUUUGUAGGCUUGGACAAGGCCGUGUUAAAGAGAGUAGCUAGGCCGACUAUGGGAUUUGGUGGAGAGCUUCGAGGUCGCUCGACCAUGUCUGGCAAUAAGCAGACCCUCCCAGCGGAAACAUAUACGCAUUUACCUCACCAUAACCCACAAUCGGCUUCUUCGUUUACUCCUCUAGAUCUCACAACUCCUGCCGAUUUGCAGAGCUUUGGAUUUAUUCCCGAGUUGAUUGGACGAUUGCACAAUAUUUGUGCUCUUAGUCCCCUUUCCAAAGAUGAUCUACUCCGCAUCCUGACUGAACCGAGAAACAGUCUCGUUGCUCAAUACACAGCUCUCUUCGAGACGUAUCCUUCCCGGCUAUUCUUUACGGAGAAAGCUUUGUAUGCCAUUGCCGAGCGAGCUGCGGCUUCGGAGACUGGAGCUCGAGGUCUGAAGAUGGAGAUGGAACGAGUGCUAGCAGAGCCCAUGUUUGAUGCACCGAUGCCCUACGUUCUUAUUACAGAGGCGUGCGUGAAGGGGACGGAUAAGGCUGGAUAUUGGGGCAAGGACGGUCGGUUUGAGCUUGAUAGGAGAAUGCAGGCAGAAGAGGUGAACCCAGCCAAAGCAGAACCUGAUAGCACAUUCGAGAGAUACAGAGAGGCUGGGCAAAGCGGUGGGUGA